AUGAGUCUGAGAGAUGACUUUGGGGUCAAUGCUUGGACGGAGCGUGCCGGGAUCUCUCUGGGCUUCCUGCUCCUUUUGGCCCUGUUUUCCACCCCCAUCCAGGCGGACAUGGUGCUUCCCAGAGACCACCAGUUUUCAUGGAAAGCAGGUCAGUGGGGUCAGUGCGUAGGAGACGAAUGCGGCUCUGGAGGUUUUCAGACGCGAACGCUGUGGUGCUUGCACGCAGAGGGCUGGACCACGCAUUACUCCCACUGCCCGCCAAGGGACAGACCCGAGACCAGGCGGCCCUGUUUUAAGGUCUGCGGCUGGCACCAGGACCUGUUUGAGUGGGACGUAUCACAGUGGGGGGCCUGCGUUCUGGUUCCCUUCUUUUCUAACGAGCUCAAACUUAGGACAGAGUGUGUGACGGCGCAACAUGGCAUCCAGCGCCGAAAAGUCCAUUGCGUCCGCACCACCAAUCGGACUGCGGUCUCGCUCAGGAUAUGUGAAUUUUUUUCCCAGAAGCCAGCAGUGGAGCAGGCUUGUCUCAUCCCCUGCCCACAAGACUGCAUAGUGUCGGAUUUCACGUCUUGGUCGAUUUGCAGUAGGACAUGUGGCACGGGGCUUCAACAUCGCACUCGGCACGUUCUAGCCACGCCCAUGUACGGAGGUGCGCACUGUCCCAAUCUCACCGAAACCAGGACUUGCACGCACCCCGCGCACUGUCCCGCUGGGGAGGAGGAGCACCGGUACAGCCUUAAAGUGGGCGCGUGGAGCGAGUGCAGGCUGCCGCACGAUAAAGACUCGGUUCUGAGCGGUAGGACCACCGUGGACUUCGGCGGCUUUCAGGAGAACAACACGGUUUUACAGCACACUCAGGCUCAUCUUAAACACGCCCAUUUGCACCCGGUCCAACCAAUCCAGAGCCACUACCCCAUGUCCUGGGAGCUGGAGGUGGGAUAUCGAACCAGACAAGUCCGCUGCACCCGGAGUGAUGGCAAAAACGUCAUGCUGAGCCUGUGCUCGAAGCCCACCCCUCCGGUCACCUUCCAGGCCUGCAUCAUGCCGCAGCCGUGCCUGGUCGCCGACUGGUCCUCGUGGAGUCCCUGCUCUAAAACCUGCCGCUCCUUGGACCUCUCCCCGGGGUUUCGUCUUCGGACGCGGACUAUGACCCAGAUCCCUGUGGCUGGAGGCAACCCGUGCCCUGCCCUGGAAGAGAAGGAAGCGUGUAACAUUUUAGGAGACUUGCUACUAAACUGUCCCAGGUUCGAGUGGCGGAGCACAGACUGGGGAGAGUGCCGUGUCUCCCCUCUACUGAGCCAGCAGGACAAGCGCUUGGCCAACAUCAGUGCGUUAUGUGGAGCAGGCAUCCGGACCAGGAAAACCUACUGCGUUCAAAUCCCUGAUGACUCUUCUUCACAUCAGAGAAAGGAGGUGUCCAGGCCGGUGAGUGAGAGGCUGUGUGCUGCUGAGGAACCUCCGUCUUCGGUCCAGAGCUGCUCCAUCUCCUGCCCACACCACUGCAGCCUCUCCCCCUGGUCGGACUGGGGGCCCUGCCUCCAUGACAACUGCAAGGAACCACAGGGAAAAAAAGGUUUCCGGUCGAGGAGCAGAGAGGUGCUGUGGGUGUCCAGUGCACCCCCCGAGUCCUGUCCUCAUGAAGUGGAGUCCAUCCCGUGUGAGGAUCCGGUCUGUUUCCACUGGGAAGUCCAGCAGGGCCCAUGUGUCCCCGCCCAGAGCCCCUGUGGACCUGGGACGGCCCAACAGAACGUGUCCUGUGUCAGCCACCAAGGAGAGGAGGUGCCCGUCUCUGAGUGUGAAGCCCCCUCUCCCCCCACAGAGGUGCCUUGUGAGCGAGCCUGUCCUGGAGACUGUGUGCUGGGCUCCUGGGGGUCCUGGUCCCCCUGCUCCCACAGCUGUGGAUCCAAGAGUGCGGAGGGCAGACAGAGCCGCAGCCGCCCCGUCCUCGCCCUGCCCGCCAAAGAAGGCAAAGCGUGUCCGGCUCCUUCGGCCCUGGAAGAAUGGAGAGUGUGCAAUGAGCAUCCUUGCAUGCUGUUCUAUUGGGAAGCGUCGCCGUGGGGCCCAUGCAUCCAGGAUACCUCCAUGAAUCUUAAUGGGACCUCCUCUUGGAAUGGGACUUCAGCCUGUGCCAUGGGAGUCCAGAUCCGCAAGGCCACGUGCAUGAAGAUGAACUCUGGGCAGGUUAUAAAUAAGAGGUGCCCGGAUUCUGCGCGGCCUGAAACUGUGCGGCCUUGUUUUCUCCCCUGUGAGACUGACUGUGUUGUGACCCCCUUCAGUGAGUGGACCCCCUGCCCGGACAGCUGCGCACCAGAAAAUGGAAGCGUCGCCACUCAGUCUCGGUACCGGACCAUCAUUCAGAGAGCGUCUAAUGGAGGCCAGGAGUGUCCCGAUACUCUUUACGAGGAGCGCGACUGUGAUGCACUUCCUGUUUGUCCGCUCUUUAGAUGGAGGACACACAAGUGGCACAGCUGCAGCAUCGUCCCAGACUCGGUUCGACGCGGUUUAGCUGGUCCCGGUGAACUUUGCGGCGACGGACUGGAGACGAGAGGAGUGAGUUGCAUUGGGGAGAGUGGAGAAGCGGCUAACAUGAGUGCAUGCCUGCUGUGGGCCGGACCUUUGCCUUCUCAGAGUCGUGGCUGCAGAGUUCCCUGCAAAGACGACUGCUCCUUCACCACAUGGUCCAAGUUCAGCGAGUGCUCCGGCUGUGGCAGCUUCAGGGCCCGCAAACGCUCCCUCACAGGCCGCAGUAAGAAGAAGGAGCAGUGUCUGGAUGAGAAGCUGUUUCGCCUGGAGGAGACUGAGCAGUGUCCCUGUGAUGAGCUCCUGUCGCAGCCUUUUGGGGACUGGACCGACUGCCUGCUGCCUGACCCCCCCACCAGGGGGCAGCACCAGCAGAGGUGGAGGAACUCACGACAGAGCAGAGAGUGCGGACAGGGCCUGCGCUACCGAGCUGUGAGCUGCCGGGACCAGAGCGGACGCCCAGUCAGCCCCACCCUCUGCACUGAGACAGGCUUCACGGUGGAGGUCUGCACCAUGCCCUGUCCGCUCGACUGUAAGCUGAGCGACUGGUCUGCCUGGUCUCUCUGCAGCGCCUCCUGUGGCAGCGGCCUGAAAAUGCGCUCUAAAUGGCUCCGGGAAAAAGCUUUUAAUGGUGGUCGACCUUGCCCCAAGCUGGAUCUAAAGAACCAGGUGUAUGAAGCAGUGCCGUGUCACACUGACUGCAGCCAGUACGAGUGGCGGAUCGAGCCCUGGUCCAUUUGUACCAUCAACAGUGUGAACGACGGGCCAGAUUGUGGAGAGGGAGUCCAGAGCCGCAAGAUCAGGUGUGUGAAGCUGGAAGCACAGACUGGAGACCUCACCACGGUGGAGGACGGUCGCUGUGACCAGGAGGAGAUGCCCCCCACAGCCCAGGUCUGCUCCCUCUCCUGUCCCCAAGACUGUGUGCUGUCACUGUGGGGACCCUGGACCAACUGUCUACAGUGCGAUCAAAACAGCACCCGGUCCAGGAGCAGACACGUCCUCCGAUUCCCUGCCAAUGACAAGUCGGCGUGUCCAGACCUCACCCAAUCAGAGGCCUGCAUUCAAAACUCAACAUGCUUCACAUAUGAGUACAAAGUGUCAGACUGGAGCACUUGUCAGCUGAGUGAGAAUGCGUUGUGUGGCCCGGGUUCAAAAGUGCGGCGCCUCGACUGUCUCCGCGGCGACGGGAAGAUGGUGGGGAUGCGCAAAUGCGAACAGUACGGCCUGCUCAACAACUGGACCGUGUCAGAGAGCUGUGAGGUGGACUGUCCCGUCAGCUGUGUGCUCUCUGAUUGGUCGUCGUGGGCCGAGUGCUCCCACAGCUGUGGAAACCAAGGUCAGUCGGUCCGCUCCAGGAGGAUUUUACAACACGCCCAUGAUGAGGGUCGCCCGUGUCCCAGCCGGCUCACCCAGACCAAGCCCUGCCCCAUAAAACCCUGCUAUAACUGGGUGCUGAGUGACUGGUCGGCGUGCGGUGUAGAGGGAGCAGAUUGUGGGGAGGGCAUUCGCAGGAGGAGCCUCUCAUGUGUGGUCCACUUGGGGAACGUGACCACAGCUCAGGCCGUCCCCCUCGAUCUGUGUGGAGACGCUUUGAGGAGGGCCGUGCAGCAGGAGAUGGAGCAGCCGUGUUUCGUCCCCUGUCCUGGUAAAAAAAAAAAACACAUGCUUAUUGAGUGA